GCAGACAGGAUAUUGUAACAUUGUAAUGGAUCACUGGUGGACAACAUUUACCAGCUGUUGUUGUACAGGUCUGCACGUGCGUCGUACGAGUGUGGAGGGUGCCGUGUAAGGUGGGCUCGGUGGCGCCGUGUUUCAGGACCUUCCGCCAUGUCGGCAGCUGCUGAGGUUCAGAGGACGGCGGCCGUGGACCUGGGCGCCCUGCUGGACGCGGGCGACGGCGCGGUCGUCACGCUGGUGGCGGGAGAGACGCGGCUGGCGGCGCACCGCGCGGUCCUGGCCGCCAGGAGCCCCGUGUUCCGAGCCAUGUUCCAGCACGACACGCUGGAGGCCAGCUGCGGCGAGGUCAGAAUCGCAGACGUGGGGGGCCCGGUGCUGAGGCAGCUGCUGUCUUACGUGUACACCCUGCAGGCACCCCACACGACCGACACUGCCCCGGAGCUGUUGACAGCAGCCGACAAAUACGGCCUGUCCGCCCUGAAGGCCGCCUGCGAACAGCAGGUGGCGGCGCAGCUGGAGGUGGAGACGGCGGCGGCUGCAGCUGUGCUGGCGGUGAGGCACUCGUGCCCCAGCCUAACUGCGGCCGCCAUCCACUUCAUAAGGGACCACGACUACAAAGUAAUGGCGACGCAGGGCUGGGCAGACGCCGUGCUGCAGUACCCGAAAGACAUCGUCGAAGUCAGUCGGCUGCUCAGUGAGCCACCAGCAGAACCCAGCGCGCCGGCCGCCCCCGCCGCCCGGCCGCCCAGCGACAGCAGCCGGACCCCCGCCGCCGCCUCCGCCGCCCCCGCCAAGUGUGGCUGGGAGCCGCCCUUGGGAAAUGCGGUGGACCCGGGGCUGGUGCAGAGAGCAGCCCGAGCUGUGGUGGGCAGGAGCCUCUCUCAACAGGAGAGAGGGAGGAGGCUGAUAGAGGCGGCCAAGCAGGGCGCGGCGGAGCAGCUGCGCGAGUUACUGGCGGCGGGGGCGGACGUGGGGGCGAGGGGGAAGGGGUUUUUGGGGGACAGGUAUACUGCCCUGCACGUAGCAUCAGAGAGGGGUCACGUGGCGGCGGCCAGCUGCCUCGUCGGCGCCGGCGCGGAGGUCGACGCCAGGGACAGCGUGUAUCAGAGGACGCCCCUGCACUGGGCUGCACGGUGUGGCCACGCUGGUGUGGUGCGGCUGCUGGUCGGCGCCUCUGCUGACCCCAACGCCAGGGAUCGGUGGGGGCAGACGCCGCUGCACUUGGCGGCAGAGAGGGGCCACGCAGGGGCGGCGGCUGAGCUCCUCCUGGCGGGGGCGGACAGGGGGGCCCGGGAUGAGGAUGGCAGGACCCCCCUGGACCUCGCCAGGGAGAGGGGAAAGCAGGAGCUGGUGGAUAUGCUGACACAACGCUGA